AAAAGCGAUAGAAAGGAAAAGCUAGCUAUCUUAGCUUUCUCUGUUUUUGGUGAGUUGUUUAUUAAAUUUUGAGCUUUUAACAUACAAAAACUGUUCAUAACAAGAGGUAUGGCUUCAAACAACAAUGGCCGCACGGCAAGUGAGAGCUUCAAAGCUCAAGCUCUUGUUUACAGGCACAUGUAUGGCAUCCUAGACUCCAUGUGUCUCAAGUGGAUCGUUGAAUUUCGCAUACCAAACAUAAUCCACAACCAUGGCAAACCCAUUACUCUUUUAGAAUUGGUUUCAGUUCUGAAAAUUCCAUCGGCUAAAGUUGAUAGCACGGAUCUUUUCAUGCACUACAUGGCACGUAAUGGAUUCUUUGAUAUAGUGACAAUUCAUGGUGACGAUGAUAGCAACCAAGAAGAAGAAAAGGAAGCAUUUGCUCUCACAGCAGCAUCAGAGCUGUUGAUCAAAGGCACUGAAAACCCUUCUAUAUCUCCGGUGGUAGAGAUGUUUCUCGACGAUCCAACUCUUUCAAGUUCCAUGCAUCAUUUAAACAAGUGGUUUUAUGACGAAAAUCGCCCUCUAUAUGAAAUCACAUUGGGAAAACCUUUGUGGGAGUUUCUUGAUAAGAACCCUGCAAACUUGAGCUUGUUCAAUGAUGCUAUGGCCAGUGAUUCUCAGAUGAUAAAGUUGGCACUAAAGGAUCACAACAUGAUCUUUGAGGGAUUGGAAACAAUUGUAGAUGUUGGUGGUGGAAAUGGAACCACAGCUCAAAUUAUCAGUGAGAAAUUUCCAGCACUCAAAUGUAUAGUAUUUGAUCUUCCAAUGGUUGUGGAAAGUUUGAAGGGAUGCAACAAUUUGAGUUUUGUUGCUGGAGACAUGUUUGAAUCCAUUCCUAAGGCUGAUGCAAUUCUACUUAAGCUAGUCUUACAUUGUUGUAGUGACGACAAUUGCGUAAAAAUAUUGAAAAACUGCAAAGAUGCUGUUAAUGCUUUAAGUAAGAAUAAAAAUAAAGGUAAAAUAAUUAUUUUAGAGGCCGUGAUAAAUGAAGAACAAGAUGAGCCUGAAAUUACUCGACUCAAAUUUCUCAUGAAUAUAAGCAUGCAUAUUAUUCACCAUCAUGAAAAAGAGAGAACCAAAAAAGAAUGGGAAAGUAUCCUUCAUGAAGCUGGCCUCUAUAAUUACAAAAUAUCUCCAUUUACAGGACAUUUAUCACUUAUAGAGAUCUGUCCUUAAAGAUGAUCUCAUAAUAGUUUUUACAACUCUAUGAAUAAAAUAAGAGAAAGUAUGAGGAGCCAAUGGAAUAUUUGUACAAUAUGUACAAUGGAGGUUUAUGGAAUAUUAGAGAUAUAAUCAUUAGUGUUACCUUUUUCCAUCAGCCGAAGCUUUUGGGAUGAGUGGUAUCAUACCAUGGUAUUAGAGCGUUAGAUCCGAAAGGUCAAGAGUUCGAUUUUUGGUGAACCCAAAAUCAGUUUAAAUUUUUUGGAAGAUGUUUAUUAUCCUAGUACUCGGAUGGUUAUUCUAGAUAAUAUAGAGGAUGUUCAUUUUGUAACUCAAUAGCCCAUUGUACACAUUAUACAAAUAGU